AUGUCAUCACCAACGCCGACAUCCCAGGGCAAAAAGCUAAAGCGCUCGAAAACGGGCGCGGCAAGUGUCAAAUUGCCAGAUCCUCAGCAAAUGAAGAUGCGGCCAUUGACUAUAGAAGAGAAACGGCAAAAAGAAGCACUUGCUGACAGUACUGCUGCAUUAGAAGCUCAGCAGUGUCAACCAGAUGUAAACACAAGACCAGACAUCUUCCAGACUUCGUCAUUUUUGGCGGAUGAUAAAAUUGUGCAUGUGAGAUAUCCACCAAGGAACAAGACUAAAAACGAGGCCCGCGACGAGGCCUAUAAUGCACUUAAUGGAAUUAGAGAGAAACAACUAGGUCCGGCAGACUUACAAACACUCGAAAACUUUGCUAAUAAUAUUGCCGAACGAAAACCAACAAAUCUAGGCAGAUUACAAACAGAUUUCAAGUUCCCCGCACGUGCAGGCACGCCGCCCACUACUCAUGAUUCCUUCACAAGGACAGAGCAAAUCAAUGACGAACGAGAAAAAAAAGACCGUGAUUAUGACGAUUAUGAGAAGAAGAAAGCGCGGAGAAAGAGUCAGCUGAAUGCCUUUGCACCUGAAUUUACUCCAACAUUUGCUGCUACCGUAGCGCCAAUGGCGGAUGUGAGACCGGAAAGUCCACGGAAAGUGAAAGGGAAAGAUAGAAAUAUAAACGGUGAUGUUGAUAUUGACAUAAACUCUAAGAAAAAACGUCGCAACAAUCUUUCGUCUGACAUGAUCGGUAUGGAUUCUAGUACGGCUUAUCCUUAUGUUGGUUAUGAUACUACGGCGGGUACCCCUAUUCCCUAUUACGGCACGGCAACUCCAGUUCCAAUGUCAUUUGUAGACACAAAGUCUGAAGACAUGAACCGUUUUGGAAAUGACAUACUUGCUCGCUUGGAGAGCUUCCAGAAACAACUAGACAAGAUUGUAUCAGGAAUCAAUGCCAAUCAAGUAGGCGGAAAUAGUUUAGAUGUUGGGAAUAUUCAAGAGAAAAUGACAGAGUUGGUUGGUCGCGUUAGAAGCGAGAUUGAAAAAAUUGUCAAAGAUGCACUAGAGCAACCCAUGACUCUUUCUGAAAAUAUCGAAAAGAUUGUCGAGAACGCACUAUCAAGUCUUCGACAGCCAGUUGUUGAUUCUGGAAGCAAUAUCGAAAAGAUCAUAGAAAAUGCAUUGUCAAAACAACCUCGACAGACUGUCGUUGAUUCUGGAAUAAACACUGAGGAAAUUAUCGAGAAAACGUUGUCGCGAAUUAGACAUCUUGACUCUGUAGAAUCAGUCAAUACAACUGCACUAAAGCAAAAUGACGAAAAACUGGAAGCACUAUACGAACAGCUCUUGAAUGAGAUAAGAAACAGUUGUCAAGAGAUUCGCACUAAUCACCAAGAUAUCGUAUCACGCGCAGAAGCGUUACAUAAUCGACAAGCACAGUUUCAAAAUGAAAUUUCCAAAACUGGCCAGCUGCAAAACCGUCAGUCAGAACUCUAUACACUGCAAGAGGCACUAUGUAAAAAUUACUCACAGCUUGUAAACACUGUUCCUGAAAGCAUCAAAGAACUUCAGGUUCGUCAGAAUGAACUGCAAUCAGAACAGGCCCAGCUCCUUAGUAAAAUGCAUAAUGACUUUAACCAUCAAUCAAGAUUACGUGAUACUGAGGAAAAACUUGGGAAAUUACACAUGCGGAAAGUUGAACUAGAGAGCGAUAAUGAAAAACUGCGGUUUAAGAACGUUGAACUUGGAAACCAGAAUGCAAAACUUAGUAACGAGCUUAGCAUCUACAAACGCGAUAAUACCCGUAACGAUAGUCUCCAGACUGAUCUCGUACAAGCACGCACUCAAAUACAAAGCUACGAGAGUCAAAUUAAACAAUUCAACACUCAGAUUCAAACGUAUAAAGAUCAAAAUCGCUCUCAACGUGAACGGAUUGAUGAGCUCACCGAGAAAGAAAGGAAGUGGCGCGAACAGCAACUGCAGUGGCAAGAAGAGAAGACCGAAUACGAGAAAAACAAUAGCGAACUCGACCAUAAGUGUCGUCAGCUCGACUUGGAUAUAAACAGAUCGCGUGAACGCGAACGUCAAUUGGCCGAAGCUGAGAAAAAUUGGAAGGCAAACGAAAACAUCUUAAAGACCAAGCUUAAAGAAAGUGAAAAUAAACUUGAUGAGUUGCGCCAACACCAACGUCAAUUAGAAGCUCAAGCAGCAACUGCCAAGAAUCUGCAAGAAAGUCGUCAAGACCUCGAGAAUGAGCUCAUCCAGCAAAAGAAUAAGGUUAUAGACUUGCGGAAACAUAAUGAAACCUAUCGUACCGAAGUGCAGCAACUUCGUUCAAAAGCAAAGGAGGCCGAUAACGCCAAAAUGGAGAUUUCUCAGCUACAUAAACGUGUUAAAGAUUUAGAGUCAUCGCGUUCUGAACUGACGCAGCUAGGUCAACGCGAAAAAGAGAGGCAUGCACAAGAAUUGGAAGUUCUUCGUGCCCAAACCAAAGGUUUUGAAAAAGAUCAUAGGGAAUUGAAUCAACUGCGUAGACGCAACCAGGAUCUUGAAGUGCAGGUGCAAGAGAUUAAAACCCUCAGACAGCAUAUUAAAGAAGUCGAAGGCCAGACAUCCGAACUUGAGCGUGUGUGUCGUCGUAUUGCUGAAUUAGAAAAACAGGUCGAAGAAACCGAAACGCUUAGGCGUCGUCUACAAGAGCGAGGUUCGGAGCUUGAACAAUUGCGAGCACGUAUUGUCGAAAUGGAUGGACAAAGGCGAGAUAUGGAGACUGUACAACAGCGUUGUCGUUCUCUCGAAGAACAGGUGCAGACGAAUUUGACCGAACUGGAGAACUUUAGAGCUCAGGUUCAAGAUCUUACAAACCAAAAUUCGAAAAUGUUUGAAGUACAGUCGCAAGCGCAAGAAUACGCAUCCCAAAUCCACUUAAAAGAUCAAGAAUUAGAAGCCACGCUUUCUGAUCUCCGUCACACACAGGAUCUUGUCAAAAACCUAAAAGACGACGUCGAGAGUCUAACUCAAGCUCGCGCUGAACUCUUUGAAUCGCAGAAACGGGUAAGGUUUUUAGAAGAAGAACAAACAAGACUAAAUGCAGAACUUGCGCGGAUGCACAAAAGACACGCGUCGUCAACCGCAUUGGGACCUCAGACAGCAAUUAGUCAGGCGCACAGUAGACAGAGCAGUGUUAGUGUUAAUGGUUGGGAGAUGGUAGAUGAGCACAGAAUUUCUAGGGAUAGUUUGAUGUCAAACGACAGAGAAGGCGACACGUACCCACCGCAAGGAUCUGCGUCGGGCUAUAAGGUGUCUGUUUCGUUGCCUCCACCAGCGGCUUACAACAAACCACCACAUGGACAACCACUACACGGUCACCCACAACCUGGACAGCAAUUGCCACACGGACAAACACAACAUGGGCAACAAUUGUCACUCGGACAUUCACAACCUGGACAACAACCGCCACACGCGCAUCUACAACAUGGGCAACCACCACACGGAUUGCCUCCCACACAAUCAUCCCAUCCCACACCAUUCCCCACACAACCACCUCACAUCCAACCUCCUCACUCUCAUGUUCAACCUCCUCACCCCCAUGUUCAACCCCCUCACAUCCAACCCUCUCACAUCCAAUCCUCUCACAUCCAACCCUCUCACAUCCAACCCUCUCACGUCCAACCCUCUCAUAUUCAACCACCUCAUAUUCAACCACCUCAUAUUCAACCACCUCAUACGCAACCACCUAAUAUGCAACCAUCUCCAAUGCCUCUAUCUAUGCCACAAAAUCAACCAAAUGGAAUGUCCUCAAUAGUGCAAUCUCCUCCAUCAGGUUACACGCCACAUCCAACUCAGGUACCUCCGCCACAGUCUGUUGCUGUACAAGGAAGCCAAGUGAUACCCCAACAGUCAACCUAUGAUCAACCACAUCUUCCGCCAUCUGAGCAACCAUCUCAGUCCAACGCCACCAAACCUCAAGCGAGACAACGUUCCUCCUCACCAGUCUCGCCGACACGCAAAGGCCAUAGUCGUAGUUCCUCUCGCAAUGUUAAUAAUUCCUCGUCCAGUUCGAGCAAACCGAAUAAAACCAAUCACAAACGUGAGGGUAGGAAUCGCGGACAAAAGAAGACGGCACAAUCCGAGUCGAGCAAGAACGUAAAUAAUGAUGCGGGAAAUGAAAACGGUGGGAGUAGAUCUUCAACACCACAUCCGGGACAGCCGUCGCUGAAAGGAGGAAGAAGUAAUAACAACGAAGAUAACGCUGUGGGCACGAAAUGGAAAGAUAAUAAGGAGCCAUUAGCUAGCAACAGCUGGUGGUAA